GCGCCAAUCGCUCAAAUGAUUCAUUUAUUCCAUUAUUAUAAAGAUGUACAAUAUGAUUGGUUGCAGUAAAAUGUCGAGCACUUGGUUGUUGUGUGCGAGCGUGGUGCUGUUGGCGGGCGCGGCGAGUGGCAUCAAAUGCUGGCAGUGCGGCCAGUACAGCGACGGCGUCGGCUCUAUCACGCCCUGCAACAACCGCAGCGCCACGCGCCUCGCUGAUUGUCCGCCAGCCGCAAAGUAUUGCAUUAAAUACGUGAGUGAGUUGACGGUUGUCCGCGACUGCGUACCGACAUGCACAGAGAAAGAAUGGUGGGGCGCGAGAACCUUCUGCUGCGAGUCGGACGAGUGCAAUACAGCCUACAUACAUACGUCUGCAACCGGCUUUGUCUUCGCCGCACUUGUCUUGGUGGCGGUUGUUGCGCGCUGACGGACUCUAUAAAAUAUUACUUUGAGUUACUUGAACUUAUCCUGGGUUUUUACAAAA